GCUGAAUCGCCACACAACACACCUUCCCUCGACUGUAAAUAAAACAUUUAAAUAAUGUUUCAACUUUACGAAGAUUCGCGUGCUGACGGAUUGGGAUAUCACCCGUCGCAUCGCAGAGAAAAAGAGGUUGACAUUCUUGAGACAUGCCUGCAACUCUCGUCACCAGAGCUCAUUUGCAAAAUGCCUAACGGAGAUGUCAGCCGGCGCAUUAAAGAGGGUCUGGCUUCUUCCUCGAGAAAGGAAAACCAAAGCUCUCGUGAAGAUGGAACUAAAUUGGGCAAGCGAUGGUUCGUAAUUCUUGGACUGCUCUUUCUGGGCUGCGCCCUAGUUGCCGGUGUAGGCUUACCAUUGGCGCUCGAACUUCGCAGCUCACACCUACUGGAAGCCAGACUACUCGUUGUUAAACGAAUACUAUCAGAAAUGCCACUCAUUGACGGGCAUAACGAUUUUGCUUGGAAUUUGCGCCAGCGGGGAGGAACAGCGAGAAACUUUCCCUUCGAGGAUGAUCUUUCUAAGAACUUGACGUGGGGUCCAGAGUGGCAAACAGAUUUAGUGCGUCUAAGACGGGGUAAUGUUGGGGCUCAAUUUUGGUCGGCUUACGUUCCUUGCGAGGCUCAGUUUCUGGAUGCCGUUCAACUGACGUUAGAACAGAUCGAUCUUGUCAGAAGAUUAACAUCAAAACACCCAACGGGUAUGCGUCUGGUAACUUCGAGUGCAGAGCUUGAGGGAGCUCACAGAGAUGGCAUGAUUGCCAGUCUCGUUGGUCUGGAAGGCGGCCACAGCAUUGGCUCCUCACUGGCAGUUUUACGCAGUUUUCAUCUCUUGGGUGCUCGAUACAUGACUUUAACGCAUCGCUGCAACACACCGUGGGCGGAUUCUAGUCUAGUAGAGGACCCGAACGAAGAUGUGCCUCUGGAUUAUCACAGUAGUGGUCUGUCCACGUUCGGGCGAGCUAUUGUCAAGGAGCUAAACAGACUGGGGAUGCUAGUAGAUCUUUCUCACGUUUCUACUCAGACAAUGAGAGCAGCUUUGGCUGUGACUAAAGCACCUGUUAUUUUUUCACACAGUGCAGCUAGAGCCUUGUGCAACUCGUCAAGAAAUGUCCCAGACGACAUUCUUCGCUAUCUCCCCAUUAACGGAGGAUUAGUGAUGGUGAGCUUCGACAGUGCCCAUCUAAGCUGCAGCAGCUCCGCUUCAAUGCACGACGUAAUCGCACAUAUCACUCACAUCAGAAAAACCGCGGGAGUUAAUCACGUUGGACUCGGAGCUGGAUACGAUGGAAUUAUUAGCCCUCCGGCGGAGUUGCCAGACGUCUCUGGCUACCCUUUGCUACUGGCGGAGUUGACCAGAGAUAGGCGAUGGUCAGCAGCUGACAUAAAGAAGCUUGCUGGUGGAAACUUGUUGAGAGUUUUGAAAGAGGCAGAGACUCAGUCUUUGGCCCUUUUGGCGCAGCAACCAUCUGAGGAAUGGAUAGCGCAAGAGUUAAUUGAGGAUACCGCUUACUGCAGGUAUCAUGAUGCGUGAAGAAUUAACGCGAUGCUAAAAAAAUUCGGAAAUGAGCGGGUUUCAUCUUGUAUAAUUAUAAUUCAUAGUAACUGUGAUUAUCUUCUCUAUUCCGUUGAUAUACAUCCAACUGUAAAUGUGGAAAUAUUCUAAGUUUUUUAAUAAAAGGAAAUGUUCGCUGUAA